UCUGGUCUGGUGAUCCUUUGCGUCCUGCUGUUGUUGGGCAUCGGCGUCAUCACCUGGAUCACCAUUGACUGGCAUAAGCUAAAAGGAAAGUUUCAAGAUCAGGAGAAAGAAAUUCACCACAUGAGGGAAGAGAACCUGCAUCUGGUUAUUAAAAAGAGCAUUGUGGAGAUCGUGCUUGAGCCGCUGAUCAGUGAACGGGACGACCUGAAGAUGGCGCUGGAGGUCCUCAUGAGUUUCAACAACAUCGCCAUGAAUCAGCUCUGCCCAGACAAGCAGUGUCUUCCAUGCCAGGCAGGUUGGCUGAGCUUCCUGGAAAGGUGUAGCUCGCAUUACAACCAAGGUUCUCCUCAUAAAACCUGGAGAGGGACUCGACCUUACUGUCAAAACACAUCAGCAGACCUGGUCGUUGUAGAUGAUCUCAGCAAACAGACUCAACUCACUAAUGAAGUUAUCAUGGAUUUCUGUUCGUUGACCCGAACUGAGAACAACUGGUUCUGGAUUGAUGGAGAUAAUGAGACUCUUGGGUUCUGGAUAGACGAUGCUGAUUCCACUGGUUCAUAUGCAGUGAUGCUUUACGUGUGGCUGUUCAACAAGAACUGGACCCAGCCAUCACCAGGAAGCUGGAACAAUAGCAUCUGUGAUCAGCAAGCCCUCAAGAGGUUGAUUUAGUUAACACUGUUCCUAUUUCCUCCGUGGAACAGCUUAGCUGCAGCAUGUCAUCUGAUUCAAAUCAUCAUUCAAAUCAUUCAGAUGUUUAUGUUUUAUUUUCUUUUACUGUUUAUGUGGUGCGACCGCUGUUUCUCAUUGCUGCUCUGCAUUGUGAUUUUAUUCCAGAGAAUUUUAAAAUGCUUCAUGCUGUUAUGAGUAAAACACAAAAUACUCAAGAUUUUAA